AUGAUGGCGCAACAGGCGGAUUCCAUUACAAGCUCGACGGGCGCCAACAUCAUGCCCAUUGCCAACUACGGUCUAGCUACUCAACACGACGCCGAAGAUCUUGAGGCUAUUGCAUCGGAGCCAUCGCCGCCUCUUACACCAGAAUCGAAGACCUCUGUCAACCCGUCACAAAGCGCUCCAGACGCGGACGCUGAGCAAGACCUGCCACUGCGCGCAUUCGCACAAGUGCGGUUCAAUUCGCAAACCCCGAUUCCAGUUCCGAGAGAGAGUCUGCACGAUAUGAGCAUCACCGCAAUCCCCAGCAACCCAGACCCUGACACCAUCGAAGCUAGUACUCUGAGAAGACAAGCCUGGCGCCGUGCCAUUGACACCAGUUACCGAUACAGCCGCAUCGACGCAGAUCACGUCCGUUUACUCUACAUCAAACGCGGUGCCGUGGCCGAUCAACUCAACGUCACGUUACUGGCUGUCGCUCGCAACCGCUUGGGCAACCGUCCCGGCAGCAAAUGCCAGUAUAUUGCGCUCUCGUACCACUGGGGCGGCGGUAGUGCAGACCAAGUAGUGUAUGUCCAACCCGAAUGGAACUCGGAGGGCGUGGGACGACUUGAGGAUGUUGUGACCCAGGUUCACCAGGGAAAGGCGAAGAGACUAUCCGUCAGAUCAAACCUCUACGAUGCGCUCAAGCACUUGAGACGUGCAAAUGAGGAAGUCACCGUUUGGGUUGACGCGCUAUGUAUCAAUCAGGCUGAUCCACAGGAGAAGAGCGAGCAAAUCAGCCAGAUGCCAAACAUCUAUCGCGGUGCGUACAACGUCUGUAUCUGGCUGGGGUCUGAUUCAGGCGCCGGUUCCGUCUCGGCGAUGGCCAUGAACUUCAUCCCUCUUGUUAUCGACCUUGACAAGCGCCAUGACCUUCUCAACUAUGAGAAGUACGUACCAUGCUGGGCCAGCCUUUUCGAGUUGCUCAAGUGGAGCUGGUUCUCUCGUCGAUGGAUCAUACAAGAGGUUGCACUAGCAAGGACAGCGACGGUACAUUGCGGAAACAAUCCCGAAAUUAGCUGGUACGACUUUCAGGAUGCCAUUGCGAUCUUCUGUCAGGAAUUUGCUACUCUUCGCCCAAAAUUGAUGGCGCACUUUGCCGUCAAAUAUCCCCAUCAACGGAGGUGGUGCGACGAGUCAGACUUCGAGAUCGAACAACUUGGGGCUAAAAUCCUCGUCGACAUCACCGCAGAUCUUUUUCGCGAGAACAAGAACGAUGAUGGAGUACUGGAGUCGACAUACAGUCUGGAGACCCUGGUAUGCCAACUUCACAGUUUCGAUACAUCCGAUCCUCGGGACACGAUCAACGCCCUUAUCAAUAUCUCAAGCGAGUAUCAUCGCAACAAGCCCGGUUCUGCUCUAGCUUUACCCGUUCCCGACUACAACAAGCCUCUUCUGCAGGUGUAUCGUCAUUUUGUGGAGUGGGUCGUGAUAAGGAGCAAGUCUCUGGACAUUAUUUGCCGUCACUGGGCGUUACCAGGUGGUGAACAGGAGCCGCCAUUUUCUUCGUGGAUCAAGUCCGCCAAGGAAUCCGCGUUCGGAACGGGAUCUGAGGUUUUCGAGGGCCGGAAAGCUGGAGAGAGCUUUGUUGGUCUGCCAGGGAAAAAUUGCUACCAUGCUUCGGGCCGUGAUGGAGAACAAAAGCGAGCCACUGUCGAUUGGAGUACAGGUACUCCGCCUCAAGCCGGACAUGCCAUCCAGGAAUUUUACGGCAUGUCGAUCACUGUCACUGGUCUCGCCAUUGGUACUGUGUCGUUUUGUACUGAGUCGUUUCCCGAUGGCACCAUCACGAAGGCUUGCCUUCAAGGACUCGGGUGGUCGUUCGUGCAGAACCAAACAGCGGUUGCUAAGGUUCCGACCAAGCUUUGGCAGACUUUGGUCGCCAAUCGUGGACCUCGAGGUACAGCCGCGCCGCCCCUCUACCGCCGAAGCUGCCAAUAUGUCAUGGCCAACCUGACUAGGAACGGCCACAUCCAGAUUGACAGCCUCCUGCGAAGCUCAGUAUCAAAGUACGUCAAAGAUUAUCUGGAGCGCGUCCGCGUUGUCACAUCGAACAGAUUGUUCAUCAACGCAAAAGGGCUUUCAUCCGCACGCAAUGUUUUGCCGUUGUCCGAGGAAGGUGCGAACGAUCUUGUCGGUCUCGCCCCGGCUGAUACACAGCCUAGCGACAUCGUCGCUAUACUGUACGGCUGCAGUGUGCCAGUCAUUCUUCAUCCUGUCUACGAGGCAGACGUACUUGUAGGACACCAGCUGGUUGGUGAGGCAUUCAUUUACGGCAAGAUGGACGGAGAGGCUUUGAGUGGUGAACACGAAGAGGUGAAGUUCCGCUUGAUCUAA